AUGGUGGCUUCGUAUUCGUUGCCUGAGGGCUUCAGUGAGCUUGAGGUGUUCAGCAUUGGUACGAUCCUACUGGUGGAAGCCCUGCUCGGACUCUGUCUCAACGGCCUGACCAUCGCUUCUUUCCGCAAGAUCAAAGAGCUCCGAACGCCCAGCAACCUGCUGGUGGUCAGCCUGGCCUUGGCCGACAGCGGGAUCUGCCUCAACGCCCUCGUGGCCGCCCUCUCCAGCUUCCUCCGGCACUGGCCCUACGGCGCCGAGGGCUGCCGGCUGCACGGCUUCCAGGGCUUCGCCACGGCCCUGGCCAGCAUCUCCCUCAGCGCUGCCAUCGGCUGGGACCGCUACCUCCGGCACUGCUCCCGAAGCAAGCCGCAGUGGGGGACGGCCGUGUCCACGGUGCUCUUCGCGUGGGGCUUCUCCGCCUUCUGGUCCAUGAUGCCCAUCUUGGGCUGGGGCCAGUAUGAUUACGAGCCUCUGAGGACAUGCUGUACCCUGGAUUACAGCAAAGGUGACAGGAAUUUCACCACUUAUCUGUUCGCCGUGGCCUUCUUCAACUUCGUCAUCCCCCUCUUCAUCAUGCUGACCUCCUACCAGUCUAUAGAGCAGAGAUUCAAGAAAAGCGGCUUAUUCAAGCUGAACACCCGCCUGCCAACGAGGACCCUGCUGUUCUGCUGGGGCCCCUACGCCCUCCUGUGUUUCUAUGCGACUGUGGAGAACGUGACCUUCAUCUCCCCCAAACUGAGAAUGAUCCCAGCCCUCAUUGCUAAGACGGUUCCGGUCAUCGACGCCUUCACUUACGCACUGAGGAACGAGGACUACAGAGGGGGCAUCUGGCAGUUUCUCACGGGGCAGAAGAUAGAGAGAGUGGAGGUGGAGAACAAGAUCAAGUAG